GGCGGCGGCGGUUGCUCAGGGGCGUGCGGGCACCGCACUGAUUGAGCCGAGAUGUCGCCCCACGGGGAGAAGUAACCCUCCUGCGGCAGGGCGGAAAAGCAAUUUCAUUUCCAUAUUGAUGACCAUGCAGCCUGCAAUUCAAGUAUGGUUUGGAGAAGACCUGCCCCUCAGUCCACGGAGUCCUCUGACCCCCAGACAUGGGCCAGGCUUGGCUGACGUGUGUCAGUAUGAUGAGUGGAUAGCUGUGAGGCACGAAGCCACCCUGUUGCCCAUGCAAGAGGACCUGUCAAUCUGGUUAUCCGGUUUAUUAGGUAUCGAACUUAAGGCAGAAAGAUUAUUGGAAGAGCUGGAUAAUGGAGUACUGUUAUGCCAACUGAUUGAUGUUCUUCAACACAUGGUGAAAACAUGCAACUCUGAAGAACCAGGGAAUUUUCCAAUGAGAAAAGUGCCCUGUAAGAAAGAUGCUGCCUCAGGUUCAUUCUUUGCUAGAGACAAUACCGCGAACUUCCUUCACUGGUGCAGGCAUGUUGGGGUUGAUGAGACUUACCUCUUUGAAUCUGAAGGAUUAGUUCUGCACAAAGAUCCAAGACAGGUGUAUCUUUGUCUUCUUGAAAUUGGUAGAAUUGUGUCAAGGUAUGUUACACAUAUUGCUGAAGACCCUCCUUGUAGCUGUUCUCAUCGAUUUUCUAUUGAAUACUUAUCGGAAGGACGGUACCGGCUAGGAGAUAAAAUACUCUUUAUAAGAAUGCUUCAUGGAAAACAUGUCAUGGUCCGUGUUGGUGGAGGCUGGGAUACUCUUCAAGGAUUUUUGCUUAAAUAUGAUCCCUGUCGAAUAUUACAGUUUGCUACGCUAGAACAAAAAAUUCUAGCAUUUCAAAAAGGCGUCUCUAGUGAGAGCACACCCGAUUCGCCUGCCAGAACACCGCAGCCUCCUGAAAUGAAUCCGUUGUCGGCAGUCAGCAUGUUUCAGAAACAAAAACCAAGACCUGGCACGCCAGCUGGUGUUCCAAGGGGCAAAGAAAAGCAGGUAUGCCCACCAGGUGUGUUGCUGCCUGCCUCUUCCCUGAAAGGAGGUAAUCUGGGCUCCAUGACAGUCCGUUCCAAAAUGCCAAAUUCACCAACAGUGUCUUCUCAUCUCAAACUCAGAUCUUCAAAAGGCAUAACAAAGAAACCGCAGGCCCCUUCAAACAAUGCGUCACCUUCACUUGCUUCUUUAAACCCAGUAGGGAAAAGCACUUCUUCACCAGCUUUAUCAAGAACUGUGCCUUGUGUGUCUGUGUCACUGAGAAAAGAUAUCUCAUCACCUAAUACUCCGAAGGCCAAGUUUGUUCCAGGCCAGAGGUCAAGAGAUGUGCCUGCGUCCACACUUUUGCCAAAUAAGUGUUCUGCAAAAACUGAGCCAAAGCACUUGAAACACAAUCACGUAUCUUCCAGGCAUAAUGCAGCAUCUCACUCAGCUGCUCAUUUUAGUUCAUCACUGAAGUGUCCACAGCUCCCUAAACCUACUCCUUCUGUCCAGGCCCCUGCAAAAGUGACACAACCCAGUUCCAAAACCAUAGCCGCAGGUCUGGGAACACGGCCUCAGCCAUCUGAUGGAGCCCCGCAGGCAGGGGCGGUGCCAGCACAGAAACUUCAGUCAGCCUUGAAACUAAACCAGCCACUUUCUGUAUCUUCAGUUGCUCUUGCAAAAGCUGCGCAGGAAUCGAAAGAUAAGAAUAUAGGUCCAGUUGCCGGAAAGCAGCCUCAGAGUAAAAGCACAUCCCAGAAGACAGGACCCAGCUCCUCAAAGGCCCCUGGCCGUACCCCACUGUCCGUCAUGAGUCUUCCUCAGUCUUCGGCCAAAACACCAAGUAUACCUAAGGCAGCACAGACUGCCACUAAGAGCCAGUGUUCAGCCAAAGGAUCCCCCAAAAGUGGCAAAGCCCCAGCUUCAACCAGGAAACCACCCCCAUCUGGUCAGGAAGCCGUCAGUGGAGAUAAAAAACCUACUGCAAAGAAAAAGGAAGACGAUGACCAUUAUUUUGUUAUGACUGGAAGUAAGAAACCUAGAAAGUAAAUACAAAUGUGCUGUUUUAAGAAAACAGGAAGAGAGUGACUGUUAGCUUCACAACUUAAAAGAUUCUCCUAUUUGUCUUUGGGCAAAUAGGUUCAGACAUUAAGCACAAUAGUAUGGGGAUCAGGGAUCGGGAUGGGGAUAGAGGUUGGGGUGAGGAGAGGGCUCAGUAGGAUUUACAUAUCUGACUUUGCCAGAAGGGGCCCUUUUGAGGUACCCUUGGUGAGUUGUAAAGUCACCAUAAGGUUAUAGGUUAUCUGAUUUUCAUUCCAUAGAACCUUCAUUAAUAUCUGCCCUUUAAGGGAAAUGUAAAGUCAAAUAACACUAUUAGAGCUGUAACUAUAUUUGCUAUAUUUUUGAAUGUGUAUUAAGUAUAGGUUUAUAUUUAUAUAGAGAGGUGUAAUACAUCUGCUACUAGCAACCUGGGUGCUCUUAAUAUUAGUUAUUGUAUUUUAGUAAAAAUGGUUUAGCAAUGGUUUGACACUUGUCCUACACACGGCACCUGAUUUAGGUUUCUAAUCAGGAUUGCUGAUCAUAUAAUGGUGGCUGCUGAAGAUUAGCUUGGCAGUAUUCUGGGUUUGGUAAAAUUCUUAUUACUGUUUUUUUUUUUUUACGCUUUUCAAAUCUGAAGGAGCUGAUUUUUUAACUGGCUUAUAUUAAUGUUGGUAAUAUUUUGCUACCAACAUUUUUGGUAAAAAAGAAAGAAAAGGAAGGCAGGAAGGAAGGAAAUAAGGUAUUGAAAUGUAAACAAAUUUGGUAAAAAGAACAGAUUUUUUUAUAUAUUAUAAGAAUUUAUACCUUAUAUUUUAGAUGGAUGUUGUGCAAUGUGAAAGGGGAAACUUUAGUAACUUUUAGCAUAUUAAAAUACUUUUUAAUAAUGUAAUUUUCUAUGAGUGCAGAUAUGAAUUUUUACAUUAAUGUUUUAACAUCAGAAUUACAUUUUAACAAUUUUAAAAUUAAAGUGCUAAAGAAUCUUAGAAUGGUGCUAUAUAAAAUUCUAUCGGGGUGGUUAUUUUUCUUUAGCACAAUACUAGUUGUAAUUAGAUUCUUCCAGUUACAGUAAUUUUCUUUUAUAAAGUCAUUCUGCCUUCAGGUUUCAAUGGCAAGUCAACAGCACAUAUGCAGCAUGUUCUGCUGUGGGUGCAGAUUCUUUGAGAAACAUACCCAGGUCAUGUGUUACUUCAUAGACUCCAUUGAAUAAGAUGAUGUUUGUAAAUAAUUUGUUUUUGAAGAGAUUGUGACUAUUUAAAAAAUUAUUAAUGUACUUUCAGAAGUUUUAGGGGUAUGUUUAAUAACUGUACAGUAUUAUCAGUUAUCACAGGUUAUUAUGUUCAAUAGUGAGGUUUGUGUUUCUCUAUUUUAAACUACAAUGUGUUUUCUAAAGAAAAAUAAUGGUUUCCACAAAUGUGCAAUCAUAGAAUAAGCACCUUAAGCUGACUACUGUUCCAUAGAUUAUAAAGUAAGAAAACUGUAUAAAGCUAAGUGAUCUUUUGUCUGAGCAAUACAGUUAAAAUCAAAGAUAUACGCAGGAUAGAUUUUGGAACAAUUGAUACUUCUCUUGUUAAAAGAGAUAGUUGCCAAAUAUUUGGUUUAGUUCUACUGUUGACCUGGGCAUUGAGAGAUAAUAUGUACCUCUUUCAAAAGUGAAGUCAAUGUUCAAGAAAUGCUAGAAGCUUUACAUUUUUAGUGGUCAGAAAUAUUUAAUGCAUCUUUCAAAGAGGAAAUUUUUACCAUCAAGGUAAAAAUUCCCUUGUAAGAUGAAACAAUACUUCUUUAUCAGUAACAUCUAGAACUUAAAAGUAAAUGAUAUUACAGCCAACCUAUGAAUCCAGGUAGACUUUACAGUGUGUCAACAGUAACUUUUGUGUGGAGUCAUCAGGAAUAAAAGUAUCCCACAGACAUCUGGCACAAAUUCCAAUAAUUGUUUUUUUUAAAAAUUGGAAAUUAAUUUUAAAAUAACCUUAAUUCUUCAUCAGUAUGGAAUUUCUCCAAUUAUAUUCAUGUUGAAUGAAUUUUCAAUUAUGUAUAGCUUACCUUUUCAAAAUAAAUGUUUUCUGAAAUAAACAAUGGCUGAAAGAUACUUUCUUCAAAUGUAUUUUGAAAUGUUAAAAAGCUAGUGCCUCUAAUUUUCACAAGUUUUAAGAUUGUUGAAGAUGGAAAGUUUUCACUUCUUCUGAAUAAUAGUGCAAGAUUAUGCAAGAUUUUUGUUUAAUAUUUAGUGAGUUAAUAUUAAGCUUAAAUUCCUGAAGUAACCAGAAGAAAUAGUGUGUACUUUUAAAAAAGAAUG